AUACGCAAUAGGGCGCAAGUACUGUUUUUGACCUUUCGUUUUCUGGAUCUAGGGUUUGGGUUUUCUCCUUCUGUGACGAUCUCCGAUUCAUAAUCAUCUUCACACAAAAAAAAACCCCAUUUUCAAACCCUACUUAUACACACCGCCACCUAAACAAUAUUAACAAAAAUCAAUCGCCGCCAACCGAAUCGGAGAUUCACGAUUAGGGUUCAUCGAUUAUUAUUGUAUUUUCUCCCAAAUCGCCGUUACUGGAUCUAAAAAUUUGCCCUAAUUUUUCAUUCAUUUUAUUAUAUACUCCGGUAAUUCAAAUAUCAGAUCAAUCUUAAACCGAUUUUUACGUCAAUUACGAUGAUGAAUACUAGUUAUUGAUGAAUUUCCAAAGACUUUGUUUUUUUGUGAUUUGAUUUGAAGGACCAAAAAAAUGUAUAAAUCGGUGGUUUAUCAAGGGGAGGUGGUGUUGGGAGAGGUAGAUAUAUACCCAGAAGUGAACAACAGCAAGAACUACGAUGUGAAGGAAAUUCAAAUUUCUCACUUUUCUCAACCCAGUGAGAGGUGUCCACCACUUGCUGUGCUUCAUACUAUUGCCUCUUGUGGUGUUUGCUUCAAAAUGGAGUCAAAGACACAGCAUCAGAAUCAGCUCUUUCACUUGCACUCCUUAUGUAUCAGAGAGAACAAGACUGCUGUUAUGCCACUGUUUGGGGAAGAGUUGCAUUUGGUUGCGAUGCAUUCGCGAAAUGAUGACAGGCCAUGUUUCUGGGGAUUUAUUGUGGCCAAGGGACUUUAUAAUUCAUCCCUUGUGAUGUUAAAUCUCAGAUGUUUGGGUAUAGUGUUCGAUCUGGAUGAAACACUUAUUGUAGCAAACACAAUGCGCUCCUUCGAGGAUAGAAUUGAUUCACUUCAGAGAAAAAUUAACUCCGAGGUAGAUCCACAACGGAUUUCUGGUAUGCAGGCAGAGAUUAAGCGCUAUCUAGAUGACAAGAGUAUAUUGAAGCAGUAUGCUGAAAAUGAUCAGAUAGUUGAUAAUGGUAAAGUGAUAAAAGCUCAGUCUGAGCUUGUUCCAGCAUUAUCUGACAGUCAUCAGCCCUUAGUUCGACCACUGAUACGGUUACAUGAAAAAAACAUUAUUUUGACACGCAUCAGUCCGCAGAUUCGCGACACAAGUGUUCUUGUGAGAAUGAGACCUGCAUGGGAAGAUCUUCGGAGCUAUCUGACUGCAAGGGGGCGCAAGCGUUUUGAGGUUUAUGUUUGCACAAUGGCUGAAAGGGACUAUGCACUAGAAAUGUGGAGACUUCUCGAUCCAGAUUCAAAUUUGAUAAAUUCCAAAGAACUAUUAGGUCGCAUUGUUUGUGUUAAGUCAGGUUUGAAAAAGUCUUUGUUCAAUGUCUUCCAAGAUGGCUCAUGCCAUCCAAAGACAGCAUUGGUAAUUGACGAUCGCUUGAAGGUGUGGGAUGAGAAAGAUCAACCGCGGGUGCAUGUUGUUCCUGCAUUUGCUCCAUACUAUGCUCCUCAAGCCGAGGCAAGCAAUACUGUCCCUGUGUUGUGUGUUGCAAGAAAUGUUGCUUGCAAUGUUAGAGGUGGCUUCUUUAAGGAUUUUGACGAUGGUCUUCUACAAAAGAUUCCACAAAUUGCCUAUGAAGAUGAUAUCCAAGAUAUACCUCCUGCCCCUGAUGUGAGCAAUUAUCUAGUUUCAGAGGAUGAUGGAUCUGCUGCCUGUGGAAACAGAGAUCCGUUAUUGUUUGAUGGCAUGGCAGAUGCUGAGAUAGAAAGAAAAUUGAAGGAUGCCAUAUCAGCAGUAGCUUCAGUUAUUCCUAUGACAACUGCUAAGAUAGAUCCCAGGCUCACUUCUUCUCUUCAGUAUUCAAUGGUAUCUCCAGGUUCAGUUCCACCGCCUGCAGCACACGCAUCUAUGAUACAACUGCCUCAUGCACAGUUCCCUCAACCUGCUACACUAGUAAAGCCAAUGGGUCAAGUUGCCCCUUUAGAAUCAAGCUUGCACAGUUCUCCUGCUAGAGAAGAAGGUGAGGUGGGUGAGUCAGAAUUAGACCCAGAUACAAGGCGAAGGCUUCUCAUAUUGCAACAUGGACAAGAUAUUAGGGAUCAUACAUCUAGUGAACCUCCAUUUCCUGUUAGACAUCCCAAUCCCGUUCAAGUUCCUGCUCGUGUGCCAUCACGCGGAGGGUGGUUUCCUGUAGAAGAGGAGAUUGGUUCACAACCACCAAACCGGGUAAUACCUAAAGAAAUUCCUUUAGAUUCUGGUCCAUCGCGUAUUGAGAAGUACCGGCCUCAUCAACCACCCUUUUUCCCUAAGGUUGAUGGCUCUAUUUCAUCAGAUAGAGCUCUCCAUGAGGGCCACCAAAGAUUGCCAAAGGAGAUUUAUCACAGAGAUGAUCGCACAAGAAUAAACCACGCGCUCCCUAGUUAUCAUUCAUUAUCUGGUGAUGACAUCCCUUUUGGCAGGUCAUCUUCUAGCAACAGGGAUCUUGACUCUGAAUCCGGUCAUUCUGCAUUGCAUGCGGAAACACCAGCUGUAGUAUUACAGGAAAUUGCACUGAAGUGUGGAACUAAGGUGGAAUUUACAUCAUCUUUGGCUGCUAGCAGAGAGCUGCAGUUCUCCAUUGAGGCGUGGUUUUCUGGGAAAAAAAUUGGCCAGGGAUUUGGAAGAACUAGAGUGGAGGCGCAAUAUAAGGCUGCUGAGGAUUCUAUUAAACAUUUGGCUGAUAUAUAUUUAUCACGCGCUAAGGAUGAGUCUGGUUCUGCAUAUGGUGAUGCGAGUGGAUUUCCUAAUGCAAGUGAGAAUGGUUAUGUGGGAAAUGUUAGUUCUCUUGGUAAUCACCCUAUGCCUAAAGAAGAGUCAGUCUCAUUUUCAGCUGCAUCGGAUCCAUCAAGGGUGUUAGAUCCUAGGUUGGAUGUCUCGAAGAGAUUAAUGGGUUCAGUCUCUGCCCUCAAAGAAUUGUGCAUGAUGGAGGGUCUUGGUGUCAAUUUUCUAUCACUGCCUGUUCCAGUGUCAACAAAUUCAGGUCAGAAAGAUGAAGUACAUGCACAGGUCGAGAUAGAUGGCCAGGUCUAUGGUAAAGGGAUCGGAUUAACAUGGGAUGAGGCUAAAAUGCAGGCUGCUGAGAAGGCACUUGGAAGUCUAAGAACAAUGCAAGGCCAAAGUAUUCAAAGACGGCAGAGUUCUCCCAGGCCAUUUCAGGGAUUUUCAAAUAAACGUUUGAAGCAAGAACAUCCACGAACUCUGCAGCGAUUCGCUUCUUCUGGUAGAUAUCCUAGGAAUGCUCCACCAAUUCCUUGACAAGAGCAACGUGAUUUUCAAUCUCACUUAUUCGCAUGACUGUUGUUGGGGCAUGCAUGUGUAUAUGUUACUGAUUCAACAAUAUGGACGGUGGUGGCUGUUGGGUUGGGGACCAUUUCAUCUUAAAUGGACGAGUGCUUGUCGCUUUUCCUCGGUAUUUUUGUCACCGAACUCAAUGUCAACAUAGAACAAAUCCCUCAUUUUGUACAAAUGUAUGAUCCCUCCACUGAAAUAGGGGUGAGAUACUGGUCAAAGAUUAUGUAAGAUAUUCAUUCACAUCUUGGUGGUUCCAAGCAAUACAGUAUUUGAGACCAGCUCACAAGACAAGAUGAUGAGGCAAGUCCAAUGCAAACUCGAACAACCAACCCGACCUGUUGGAAUUGAGAAUUGAUUCAGCAUUUAUAUUUCUAACUCAAGUGAUGGUUCAAGUAUAGGUUCUUUUUUUCUUUAAUCGGUUUUCACUAACAUAACAGGGUAGUGGUUUUUCAUUUCAUUAAUUCACCUUGUGCCCUAUGAAGACACCAUCAUUAACAGGGUCUUGAGGAGGUUGGUGAAAUUGCAUAGUGUAACUUGUUGAUAAUAGUUACAGUUUCUCAUUUGUUGUCUAUCAACUGCAAUUUUUGGUGAGAGUUAUGGAGUAUAUAUCUAUCUCUAAA